GUUUGACAUGGCGCAGCGAGCGGACCGGCCGACGGGAACAGCCGCCACAGCCGCCUGAGCUCCGCCGAAAAUGGACGUACGCGCAGAAUUCGCACCAAGCCGAAGCCGAUGAGCUGUGCUGCAGCGGAAACAGUCGCUUCCCGUGUGGGUUUAACGCCGAUCUUUGGCCCGCGGUCCGACGGGGUUCAUGUUUCCUUCGUGCUCCGUGUGACCACCGCGGGCGCAGACAAUGAGCAAACUAUCGUUCCGGGCGCGAGCGCUAGACGCCGCCAAACCUCUCCCGGUUUACCGCGACAGAGACCUGCCCGAUCUCAACGACUGUGUCUCUAUCAACCGAGCGGUGCCCCAGAUGCCGACCGGGAUGGAGAAGGAAGAGGAAUUGGAGCACCAUCUCCAAAGGGCCAUCUCAGCCCAGCAGGUGUUCAGGGAGAAGAAGGAGAACAUGGUCAUCCCAGUGCCCGAGGCUGAAAGCAACAUCACCUAUUAUGACCGUUUGUACAAAGGAGAGUUGAAGGUUCCCAAACAGCUCAUUCACAUACAGCCCCUGGGUCUGGAUAAUGAGCAGCCGGACUAUGAUAUGGACUCAGAGGAUGAGACACUUCUCAACAGGCUAAAUCGCAAGAUGGAAAUCAAACCAUUACAGUUUGAGACAAUGGUAGACAGGCUGGAAAAGGCCAGUGCAAAUCAGCUGGUAUCUCUGCCAGAAGCCAAGCUGCUGCUGAAUGAGGAUGACUACCUUCUCAAGUCAGUGUAUGACUACUGGGUGAGAAAGAGGAAGAACUGCAGGGGGCCUACACUCACCCCACAGAUCAAACAGGAGAAGAGGGAUGGCUCCACCAACAAUGACGCCUACGUGGCCUUCAGACGCCGAACAGAGAAAAUGCAGACUAGGAAGAACCGUAAAAAUGAUGAAGCGUCUUACGAAAAGAUGUUGAAACUGAGGAGAGAGUUCAGCCGAACAGUCACCAUCCUGGAGAUGAUCAAAAGAAGGGAGAAGGCUAAGCGAGAGCUGCUCCACCUCACCCUGGAGGUGGUGGAGAAGAGAUAUCAGUUAGGUGACUUUACUGGGGAGGUCCUCAGUGAGGUGACCGUCCCUCUUGUUGAGAAGCCUGUGUACGCCGCUCCUGUACCUCUUGCUGGGAACCGUCACAAAACUGAGCUCAAAAUCAAGAUGCACAAGACAGGUCUACCGCAUGCACACCAGGUCACCACAAAGGAAGAGCAUCCCUUUGACUUUGUCAGGCCAAAGAAAAAGUACACCAAAAGAGAGAAGUUGUAUCCACCACGCCGGCCUGGCCGACCCCCCAGCCAAUAUACAGUCAACAAGGCUGACAUCAAACAGUAUGACUUUCACAGCUCAGGAGAGGAGGACUAUCCACCACCACUGUCUCCCCCAUCUGAACCAGAUGAAGAGAAUGAUCCUGAUGGAGUAUUUGCCUUCAGAAGGAAAGCUGGGUGUCAAUAUUUCUCUCCCUGUACGGAGCAGGCUGGAGGCGCCCUUUGGGAGCACCCGGAGCUAGCAGGGAUGGACAGCUUACGCCACCGACACUCCCUCACUAGUCUGUCUGUGCCCCGCCACUGUGUGGGACUGGCCCGCCGCAGGAUGGGCAGAGGUGGCAGGGUCAUUCUGGAUCGGGCAUCUUCUGGUGUGGACACGGUGUUGAGGCAGCUGGAUCCAGACAUUCUUACAACCCACGUUCCCAGGACUGGAGCCUCGAACCUUCCUGACUCACCCACAUUUGCCCAAAUAACUCCCAGCGGCUCAGCUGCAAGCGCUGCUGCCUCCUCUUUGGCUGAGAUCCUGAGCAACAUCCAGACUCUUAGGUGGCGCUGCUUUAAGCCACGGCCUGCUGAGGACCAGGACAAUGAGGAAAGCAGGACAGUGAGGGAAUCACUGGCUGGCAGGAUGACUACAGGUCUGCCACUGAAUACCAAGAACAAAAGCUCAGGGGGCAUCACAGAAGAGCAGUAUCUGAACCAUCGGCAGCAGCUGGCUCAAAUGCAGAAACAACAGCUAGCACAACUGCAACAGGCAGCUGUGCCGCUCUCCAAGCAUUCCUCACUGCUAGAGCGAAACAACAUGCAGACUGCAAGCUCCAAUGAGUUCAUGUCAAAAACUCUGGACUCAGCCAGCGCCCACUUUGCUGCAUCAGCUGUGAUCAGCACCCCACCCCUAGGCCACAUCAACAAUGAGAACAAACCCCAGAAGACCAGUGUCAAUGGUGUCCUCCAUCCUUCAGGUACCUCUAGGUCUCCUCACUCCACCAGCAUGUCUCACAGCAGCACAGGAGCCCCAGGGCGGCUGUCUUCUUCUGGUGGCGGCCCCUUGCUCCCCACCCACUCCACGUCUUCUUCUGUCAACUCUCCUCAGUCGCUCCCCAACCACAGGAGCCAUGUCAGUGCGGUCUCACCUGCCCACCACCACCACAGCGCCAGGCCUUCCGCACCAUCGCCGUCUGCCUUAAAGCUGGCCACCAUGGCCACCACCCUGGACCGCGUGCCCAAGGUGACACCAGCCAGCGCCGUCGGCAGCCUGGCCAGGGAGAGUCAUGAACCAGAGAGACUUUUGAAUGGAAUAUCGGAGACCACGUUGGCAAUGGAGGUUACCUAGCGUCCCGUCUCUCUCUCCUCCCCCUCCCCCUCCCCCCUCUCCUGUGCCAUCGCCUUCCCUCUCAGCCUCUGCUCAGACCGGUGAAUGUGACAAAUGGAGACCUCUUAGAGGAAGAAUGCAAGCCCCUGCCACAAAGGGGACGUACUACAAGGACCUACACAGAAUCGAGCAUAUCAAAAAUAUUUUAACCAACUUGUCGAUAUUAUAAAUGUACAUUUUGUAAAUUGAGAAUAUCAUUACCUUGUAAGAUAGUAUAUUUGUAUCAUUAGUAUUUGUUUUUUUUUGUUUUUUUUUUUUGUUUUUUUUUUUUGUUACUUGAAACCAAGCAAAUUUGUCAUCAUGCUUUUGCACUUGAAAAAUGCAAAUGAAUUGUACACACAAAUGCAACUGAUAGUGUUGGGAUCAUGAGCAUGAGCAUGGGUCCUACAUUACUCAAUGUCACUAUUUAUUUUGCGUUGUUUACAUUUUGUAUUUCACAGAAACAAAUUAGGAUCAUACAUCGGCAGAAGAACGAAAGUCUUGCUCUGUUGACAUAUUUGGCUGUGCUUUUUUUUCCUCCAGAGUUGGGAAAAAAAUUAGCCUGAUAUGAUUUGGUUUCACAAAUUGAGUUGAUAUUGAAUUUUUUUUAAUAAGCUUGGUGGCAUUUUUCCAUUCAGACAAGUAUUUUCUGUGGCUUUGUUUUGUUUUUUUUUUUUGUUUUUUUUUUGAUGUAACAGGAAUUUGUCUUUUUUCAUUUUUACAAAUUUGUUUUGCUUUUCAUUUGACCGUAUUUUUCCAAAAAUAGUGAAGAAAUGUAGUCAUUGUCUUCAUAGCAAGGUAUUUAUUUAAAUUUACAUCGAAACAGCUACAUGUAUCCUUGAUAACAAAUCAAAUUGCAAAUCUAAAACAGUAAAAACUUUUUUUUAUAUUUGCCUUUUUAAACGGGUAGGGACCUCAAGUCAUUGAACACGGGACUGGAGCAUCCUAUGUAUUGUGUAAAUUUCCAGAUAAUUGGUAAAAUGAACGACUACCAUUUUGAAGCUGGGGUAGCCAAGCCAUCGAUAUUUUUUGGUAUUUUUAUUUUUUCUCUCUUCCUGGGUCAAGGGGCAAGUAACAUGUUGAAACGGUGUCUGACGGUCAGUGCUUGGCUCUUCUCGUAGUGUUAGUGUAGUUAGUGUAGUGAAUCUUGUACAGACAUUAGUAAAAUAAAAAAAAAAGUCUAGAUACGUGCGUUAAUGCCUAGUGUUCAUGCACUAUUUCUUCAGACAUACAUUUUUCCCUGUUACUUGUUCUUGGAGUGUUUCAGAAAAAAAAUGCUGGGAAAUAAAAAUACAUCUAUA